UAACUCAGCGAGACCCUGUCUCUAAAUAAAAUAUAAAAAAGGGCUGGGGAUGUGGCUUAGUGGUUAAGUGCCCCUGGGUUGAAUCCUAGGUACCAAAAAACAGAAACAAACAAAACAAAACCCCAGAAUGAUCUGAAGAAACCAGCGUGAGGUUGCCAGCAGGGCAGGCCUGAGCGUUCUGCAGUGCUGGAUGGCGCCUGGUGCAGGCCUGGCACGCAGUUGAUGCCUAGUAAGUGCUUGCUGAAUAAAGAACCCAUGUGCAGUUUUUUAAAAGAAGCUACAUUUUUUGGUUGUUCACAUAUUUGUUGAUUUUGCAGUGCUGGGGAUGAACCCAGGACCUCGAGCAGGCUGGGCACACACUUUACCACAGAGCCACAAUCAGCCCAGCGUGGACCCUUGUGGAGGAGCAGCAGUGUGUAGGGGGCCCCUCUGUCUGUGUGUGCGUCUGGUCUCACUGUUCCUGUGGACCGACUGAGGCAGAGUGUAUGUGAGUGCAUAUGUGAGUGUGUGUGAGUGUGACUGUGUGUGGGGUGACUGUGUGAGCGGGUGAGUGAGUACCGCGGGCUACUCAGGAGGCUGGGGCAGGAGGAUGGUAACCUGGGCAAGCAGAGGAAGUCAAACAGCUGGAGAUGUGGCCCAGUGGUAGAGAGCCUCGGUGGUUCCCAUUCCCAGUACCGAAACCACUCCAAACCUGAGAGUGAGCGUGACAGCGUGUGCACAGCUGUGUGCACAGUAGGGUCUGGCUGUCUCUGUGCCUGUGGCUUUUCUUCCCCAUGUGCCGAUGAGCCUGCUGCUUGGAAUGUCGGAGUCACCAGCAACAGGAGCCAACACCGGAUCCCGGCUAGAGCCAGUGGGCUGGCAAUCCCCUUGUCUGGCCACGCCCCUAGAAGAGGUGCUGGGCCCAGGCCCUGGUCCCGCUGGAGGCCUGGCCAGAGCACAGUGAGGCUUUGCUGUCCUCCUGUCCUCAGGGCCCUCAGGGUCUCCAACAGCUGGCAGCUCGGUGGUAUCUGAGUCGGCAGUGAGCUGGGCAGCGGGUACCCAGGCCGUGUUGCGCUGCCAGAGCCCCCGCAUGGUGUGGACCCAAGACCGGCUGCACGACCGCCAGCGUGUGGUCCACUGGGACCUCAGCGGCGGACCUGGAGGCCCAGCGCGCCGACUUGUGGACAUGUACUCUGCUGGGGAGCAGCGCGUAUACGAGCCGCGCGACCGGGGCCGCCUCCUUCUGUCGCCCUCUGCUUUCCACGACGGCAACUUCUCACUGCUUAUCCGCGCGGUGGAGGAGGGCGACGAGGGGCUGUACACCUGCAACCUGCACCACCACUACUGCCACCUCUACGAGAGCCUGGCCGUGCGCCUCGAGGUCACCGACGACCCCCAAGCCGCACGCGCGUACUGGGACGGCGAGAAGGAGGUGCUGGCGGCGGUGCGCGGCGCGCCCGCGCUGCUGACCUGCGUGAACCGCGCGCACGUGUGGACCGACCGGCACCUGGAGGAGGCACAGCAGGUGGCGCACUGGGACCGGCAGCCGCCGGGGGUGCCGCACGACCGAGCCGACCGCCUGCUGGACCUGUAUGCGUCCGGAGAGCGCCGAGCCUACGGGCCGCCCUUCCUGCGCGACCGCGUGGCGGUGGGCGCCGACGCCUUCGCCCGCGGGGACUUCUCGCUGAGCAUCGACCCCCUGGAACCGGCUGACGAGGGUACCUACUCCUGCCACCUGCACCACCACUACUGCGGCCUGCACGAGCGCCGGGUCUUCCACCUGAGGGUCACUGAGCCCGCCGCGGAGCCGCCUCCGCGGGCCUCGCCCGGCAACGGCUCGGGCCACGGCAGUGUCCCUGGCCCAGACCCCACGCUGGCGCGAGGCCGCAGCGUCAUCAACGUCAUCGUCCCCGAGGGCCGGGCCCACUUCUUCCAGCAAUUGGGCUACGUGCUGGCCACGCUCCUGCUCUUCAUCCUCCUGCUCAUCACUGUGGUCCUGGCCACACGCCAGCGCCGCCGCGGAGGCUAUGAGUACUCGGACAAGAAGUCGGCAAAGGCCCCAGGGAAGGAUGUAAAUUUGGCGGAGUUUGCUGCGGCCAAAGAGGACCAGGCUCCUUACAGGAGUGAAGACAUUCAACUAGAUUACAAGAACAACAUCCUGAAGGAGAGGGCUGAGCUGGCCCACAGCCCCCUGCCUGCCAAGAGCAUUGACCUGGACAAAGAGUUCAGGAAAGAGUACUGCAAAUAAAGGGAGCCUGGGCUCCUGGCUGGCCAGCAGCUCUGCCUUGGAGGAUGUCCCCUGACCUUGCCGUGCUCACCGGGCUCCUUUCCAGCGGCUGGCCCGCUUGCUUUCCUGGAACUUGGUCCAGACUGGCCAGAGUGGCUGCCCUCACUCCCUCUUCCAGGAAUAACCCUCAUUCUCCUAGGGACUCUGCCACAGUGGCUGCCACACUUUGGCCACCUUUGUCCACUGGUGGCCCUGUCCCCACUUCUGCCACAGCCAAGGUCCUCUAUGUUCACCAAGCCUUCAGGCCCUCCUGGCUUCUCCCUGCUAGGGGCAGGAAGAUGUUCAGAGAAGCUCAGUCAGAACCUGGUGGCUUCGGAAGCUGGGAGGCUGGCACAUCCCCUUUUUUCAGGGGAGCUCUGUGCCACUGUGAGCCCCCAAGGGCCUGUCUGAACCGCACUGCCCAGCAUCCCUUCUGGGUGCUGCCUGAUCUGUGCUGGGACUGAGGACUCCAGGCCCUCUGUGCUGCUUUGGGCCAAUGGGGCUACCCCUUGGCUCUGCCUCUGCUUUUGACCCUUUAUCCAGCUUUCUCUCCCCUUUUUCCAUGGCCCACUUGACAGUCACUGGGCUCCUUACGACCUUGACCAAUGCCCCUCCCCGGGCUGGAGUCUGGGGCUGGGGCCACAUCCUGGCUUUUGUUUUGACUGAGGACAGAGUUGGGGGUGAGGACAAUUCUAUGUGCUGCCACACUUGGUCUUGUUGGGGGUUUUGCCACAUCACAAUAAAGGCCACAUGUGACUUUUA